UUUACAGUAAAUGCUUCUCAUGUUUACUGUGCUCUUUACUAAUUCUUUAAUGGUGAAAGCAAUUGUCAUACUUAUCCUUCCCAGGCAGUUAGUAAUGUUUUGGGAGUCAAGUGAGCUGAUACAUUGAACCUUUACUUGUUAGAGAUUUAUGUAACAACUGGCCUUCCAUAGUUAAACCACAACUUAAAUUAAAUCCGACUUCAGAAUACUGGCCCUAGAAUCUAAUCAAUGUUUUGGUCUUUGUUUCCUUUUCAGAUCGAAAUCAUGGCACUAAGAUAUCGUCAGUCAGAAUCAGUAAGGGGCCUUGUACAUAAUGAUUUUAUUUACCCAGCUCAUGGAAGAGUCAUCUAAUCAAUGUUUUGGUCUUUGUUUCCUUUUCAGAUCGAAAUCAUGGCACUAAGAUAUCGUCAGUCAGAAUCAGUAAGGGGCCUUGUACAUAAUGAUUUUAUUUACCCAGCUCAUGGAAGAGUCAUCUAAUCAAUGUUUUGGUCUUUGUUUCCUUUUCAGAUCGAAAUCAUGGCACUAAGAUAUCGUCAGUCAGAAUCAGUAAGGGGCCUUGUACAUAAUGAUUUUAUUUACCCAGCUCAUGGAAGAGUCAUAGAAGCCACAUAUUUAGGCAACCUAGUACACCCCUACUACUUGGUUACGACUGAUUACGAAGUUUCGAGGAGUGAGUUUGAAGUUAUUGUCGAAGGGCAGUAUGAAAUCGCAUUCGAGCAGAGUGAUUGGAGGUGGAUUACGUGCCUUCAAUAUUAUAUCCUCCGUUCGACGUUUCUUAAACAUGAGUGGAUAAUGGAGCACAUUCCAAAUGUCGACAGAACUCGUAAUGUGCCGGAGUACGGUGCGCAGAGAUGGCACCGCCCAAUAGUCAGGGAUCUGCAGCAUUGGCACCCUGAUGAUGAGAUACCUGCACCUAGGAGAUCCAAAUACAAGACCAAGACGUCAUCCAAUGACAAUAGAGCUCCAUGAACCAUGGACGGUAAUUACCCAACCGGUUUCUACUGCCCAGAAAGAAACCAACAAGAAAGACAUUCUCAGCAACAUCAGCAACAUGUUGCUCCCUACCCCAUGGAUCUACCAUACCACCCAACCUCACAACAUCAACCUGAGUUUGCAGUGGAUCAACCUCUCCGAGCAUUCCCUGCUCCACACACUGGCCCUGGACUUUCAAUGUUGAGCUCAAUAUAUCAUGAUUCAACUGCAGUGCCCCCAAAUGCAGGUACUGGUGCUAUUCACGAAGUUAAUAAUCAGCUGCCACCCAGAGGUCAAAAGGUCAAAUCAACAACUCAAUCAGCAACUUAUGCCCCACUUCUUACAUCUCCUAGAUCUCUUGUGGAAAACACAACACAAGAUGAAACACCCAAUCCACCAACUGCUGCUUCCAAACAAGUCCAGUCAAAGAAGCAGAGAAAGGCAGAUGGGCCAAGAAUUGUAUCGUUGUCAACCCCAGAACUACCGCAGAGUCUUGCUUUUAAAUGUUCACCUGAAGGUGUGGUUGAGGGCGUCCUUGCCAAGGGGAGGAUAGAGAAGGGUUCUGAGUUUGGACCGUACACAGGAUCGUUGAUGAGUGAGGAGCAAGGUUUGAUGAAGGAAUCAACAUGGGAGGUUUGCGUUUCUGGUCAAGUAUUCUUCUACCUCGAUGGACGCAAAACAUGGAUGUCUCACGCAAGAUGUGCACAGAGUGAAGAAGAACAGAACAUGGAAGCCUAUCAAUUCUAUGGUGAAAUCUACUUUAGAAACACUAAGGUCAUUGAACCAGGAAGUGAACUCAAGGUCUUCUACAACGCAGAAUACGCCAAGCGUGUUGGAAUCCAUACUAAAUUGAAUGAACUCCGGUUCAACAAGGAUGCACAGAAAUUUGAAUGCAGCUUAUGCAAAGAUCUGUUCACAUCUGCUAAACUAGUCCUUAGACACACACGAUAUGAACACUCCAGGGUACCAAGGGAAGAACUGUUUCCCAUAGUGAUUUGGAAAAGGAGAAAGCAGAAACGGUCUGAACCUCAGACAUGCACAUCUCAAAAAGAUUCAACGAUAAAUAAUGUUAGCAAAGCGGGAGAUGCUGAAUUCAGUUGUGGAACGUGUGAGAAGUAUUUUUCAAAUGUUGGCAAGCUCAGGGAGCACGAGUCAUUUCAUAAAUUCAACGAGGGUCACGUGUGUACCAUUUGUGACAAGAAGGAAACCAAUUUCUGGACGCUUGCGAAACACAUGAAGACGCACGAACCAGAGGGGAUGAAGUUUAAGUGCAAGGAAUGUAAUCAAAUCUACAACAGGAAGUCUGCACUGCGACAGCACCUGAGUGAGUUCCAUGGUCAUCGGUGUCGCAUCUGUUUGGCCAAGCUGACGCCUUGUGAGAAACAUAAGAAAACACAGCAAGCUUCAACCAAGAAUGGACCACAUGCAGGAAAGACAUUGGUGGUGUCUUCAGCCCCUGAAGAACCCAAGGAUAUGCUUGGCAAAACCACCAAUUACUACGAACGUCCUUUUAAGUGUCGAUAUUGUUCAAAUCGGUACAGUACCCGUAAUAGUGUGAAGGCGCACGAGAGAGAGCAGCACACAGGCGAUCUCUUCUUCAAGUGCCCUCAUUGUGAAAAGGUCUUUGGUCGAGAGUACCGGCUUAUAGAUCAUCUGCGAACCCAUGAGGAGAAUCGUAUGUAUCGCUGCACUCUCUGUCCUAGAACCUUCGCAUCGGAGAGCGCCCUCAACAACCACCAAGGUGAACAUAAUGGAUUGAAACCUUUCAAAUGUGAAAUCUGUGGCCGUGGAUUCCGGCUGAAGAGUGUAUAUCAUGCUCAUAAGCGGCGUAUGCAUCAGGAGAACCCUCUGCGUUUCUUCUGCUCUGUCUGCAACAAAGGAUUUACAAACAAGGGGAAUUUCACGAUACAUGAACGUCGUCAUAAAGGCAUCCGACCAUUUGUCUGCUUAGAAUGUGGGAAAAGUUUCACAGCAAAGCAUUGUCUGAACACUCACAUGAAGGCAAUGCAUACAGAGGAGAAAGCCUUUUCUUGUAACAUCUGUGGAAAGACUUUCUCGUUAAAUCAGAACUAUACGUAUCACAUGUUCAAACAUAAAGAACAGGGAGAUGUAAGCAGUACGAAAACAUAGAUACAUAAAAGCAUCAAAUAUUAAAGAAAUAGAUAUAUUAAAGCAGCUAUGAUUUUAGGGCAUUUUGCUAAAUUUUCUUAAAAACAAUUUGACAACUGAACAUUGUACCAUUCAUAUCAGUCUAGCAAAUAAGUUAGGCAGAUCAGGUGGGUGUUUCAUAAAGCUGUUCGUAAGAUACGAAUGACUUUACGCACGACUGGUGAUCCUUUCUUGUGAUAAAUGAUAUCCCUGUAUAAUUGAUAUAUGACCCAAUAACAUGUUCCAGUCGUGCGUAAAGUUGUGCGUAACUUUACAAACAGCUUUAUGAAACACCCCCCUGGUAUUGAUCACUUGUAUAUAUGCAGCAGUAUAGUGAAAUCUUUGCCUCAACCAUUGCCAAAUCUGAAUGUAUCAUGCAUAUUUUAACUCUGAAAUUUUCAAAUGAUUGGGAAUGCAAUUGUUUCGUAACUCUUGAAUAGAUUUUAUUGCACAGUAUGAUAAAGGCCAUGUCUGUUAUUUGUAUCUAGAGUAAAGAAAAGCAGUGCAGUGGAAGAUCUGUAAAUGAAGUCAAGUGAAAUUAUAAUCAAUAAUGAAUGGGAUAGUUCAUAUUUUUAGAGCACCUUUUCCACAAGAUACAAAGUAAUUUGAGAUGGCAUCCCAGGAGGGUGUUUCACAAAGAUUUAAGUAUGACUUAAAUCGCACUUAAAUGCCGACACAUAUCUGAAAGGCAACACGUUUAUUGAUCAAUAUUAAGAAGUAGUGCGCAUCCUCUUUUGCAUGAACUGACCAAUGCGGUUAUGCUUUUUAUAAUGCACGCAACUAGGCAUUUAAGGGCGACUAUUACUUAAAUCUUUGUGAAACAUCCCCCUGGUCAGCAUAGGAGAUAGACUAUACAAAUUACCAGGCGGUGAUAUGGGGUGAUAGGAUAUUAGAAAAGGUACGUCUUUAAAAGAUUUGUUUGAAUUAAUCCAAUAUUGGUGAUGAUUCAAGAAGAGGAUGGAGCUUAUUCCACAGCCUGGUGGGUGUUUCAUAAAGCUGGUCGUAAGUUAAGAGCGACUUUAAGAACAACUGGUGAUCCUUUCUUACGCGCUUAACCAUCGCCAAUGAUAAUACCAUUUACCACUAGAAAGGAUCACCAGUCGUUCUUAAAAUUGCUCUUAACUUACGAACAGCUUUAUGAAACACCCACCUGGGGCCUGUAUUACAAAGAGUUGCGAUUGAUCUGAUCAAUCGCAACUAUGGAAAGUCAACAUAUAAAAUGUAUGUUUGUUCAACAAAAAAUCUAGAUAUGAAUGUAUAUACAUAAUUCAUUGAUUUCUUGACAAUUUGGUGUGUUCUUCUUUGUUAAACAUAGGACAUUUUGCAAAUUUCCUGUAGAAAAAAUUAUGACACUGAUGGAUUUCCAUAGAGUUACAAUUGAUCGGAUCAAUCGUAACUCAUUGUAAGAUGGGGGCCCAGGAUGCAGUAGAGUAGAAAGCUGAAUGAUUAUCAAUUGCAAAUAGAACAAGCAUGGCUGCACCCAUACCUAAUGGUACAAUAUCAAUAAUGUUACGGGCCAAUAAAUUCAAGUAAGAAUUUUCAAGAUCUUUAAGGUGACACGACAUUUGCUCCUGUGUCAAUUUCUCUGGGAAUAAUUUUGUCUAAGAUUAGGGAUAGGGUUACCAUCUAGGUUUUAUGUUAGGUGUAGGGUAGGGUAUAGUGUUAAACCCAGAGCCAAAGUUGGUUAUUCGAUUAUUUUGUGGGAUUUAGAGCAAUUGUCGCCAGAGCAAAUGUGGAACCGUCUUUAAUAAACCUGAAUUUUGUAAGCGUUUCUUAGUAUAUAAUGUGCAUUGGUAUUAAUUUUACCAUGUUAUGGUAGAUCAAGUUUCGGUUUAUUUACACAAAGUAUAAUAACCAGUUGGUCCAAUAGCCAUUUAGUCCAUAUACCAUUUCGUCUAAUUAAACUUAAGUGUUAAUUGUGCAAAAUGAAUGAAAAGAAAAUGGGUAUUGGACCAACUGGUUAUUAGACGUAAUGUUAAUAGACGAACUGGUGAUUAGACAAAGUGAUGAUUGGACCAAAUGGUUGUUAGACAAAAUGUUGAUGGACGGAAUGGCAUUAGAUCAAAUGAAGGUAGACCAUGUGAUGAGUGGACGAAUUGGCAAUUUACCACAGAGUUAAGCAAGCUUAGGGUCAUUUUAUAUUAUUAUUGCUUGGAAAAAGAACGGACGUCUGGCUGGAAUUGAUUUUUCAGAAAUAACACUUUUUUCUACCAGAAUCACUUGGCUUAUUUUUUUUUUCAUACAUAAAAACACUUUCGAUGUCAUUUCAUUGGGGCAAUUCCAUAGGUUGAUGGACAUGAGCUUAAAAAUUCAAAUUCAAUAUAUAGCCCAUCUGAACUGUACAUUUUAAUUGUGUUUGCCUUACUUAUAAUUAUUGCUGGUUCUUUAAUUGAUGUUGAGGGCUUGAGGCAAGAAAUGGAAUGCAUUUGUUUUACAUUUUUUGAUUUACACAGCCCAAGCCAGAUCUCGUACAGUUUAGUGAAUACAUUACCAAUAUACUGACCAAUAAGUAAAAGAGAGGAGGAAACUUAUUCAGAAUGUUACCUUUAAACAUAAAUUGGUGUCUGAAAUCCUACUCGUAUUAUUACAGAAACAGAAACAUGAAUCUUACACACAUUGAAUUUUUAGUGACAUUUAUGUUGUUGACCAUACAUGGACAAAUUGUAACGUGAGUAACCGUAAUGUGAGUAACCACUUUAUCUGCACCCCUAGUAAAAACCAUGUGUUUUUUUUUUUUUAUUAUAUACAAAGUUUGUCUCCCUAAUAUACUUCUUUGAAAUGGAUAUAAUCAACUUUCAUAAAAGCCUUUUCACUUAUGUCGACUUUUCAUUUUAUGCAUGUCCAAAUCAUGUAACAUGAGCAACCGACACAUUUCAAAGAUUUGCCAGGAGCAUAAUUAAAUUGCUUAAGUUUUGUUUUUAUACAAACGAUAGUCAGACUGCAUACUUUGUCGUGAUAAAGAGAUGUUUAGUUCCUAUCAAUAAUAAUGGAGUUACAGCUCCAAGUAUGAGUCAAGGUGUCUCCAAAUGUAACGUGGGUAACCGUGGUAUAGCCCAUUAGAUGUUCAAGCUCAUUAUCAGAUAAGUACCACAAUUGACAUUUUUGUUGAUCUUUUCCUGUUUUGUACCUUACCUGCCUUCUUGCCUUAUACCUCGGUCACAUUUGCUCUACGGCGAGUCGAAAACAGCCGUUUUAUUCAAAGCACCUAUAUGUAGCUGGUACAAAAAAUGUUAAAACGGCUGUUUUCGACUCGCCGUGCGGCCGCCGUAGAGCAAAUGUGACCGAAGUAUUACUUCCCCAUAUAAACCAAAGUUUGAGUGCAAAGGUUAUGAUAGCUGCUCAUCCCUUGAUUAAAAUGUCAUUUCAUUGUAUUAUCCAUUUCUGCAUCUUGAAUUGCCAUCUCAUGCCAUGUUAUUUUAUAUUCACUAUUGAAUUGUACAGUGAUCAUCCUGUGAUGUAUAUCAGUGGCACAUUUGCUCUUGCGACAAUUACUCCAGGCUUAAUUUUGUCUGAGAUGCAGGGUUAGGGUUUUAUGUUAGGUUUAGGGUAUGGUAGGGUAUAGUGUUAAACCUAGGGUUUAAGUUUUAAGUUGGCCAUUCCAUAUUAGUGCGUGGAAUUUAGAGAGGAGCAAUUGUCGCAGGAGCAAAUUACAUGGAAUCUACAUAAUCUAUUUAAAAUCAUGUUUCAUAGUAUAGGACAAGAAAAAAAAUCUUAUGCCUAAAUGUGCGUAUUACUAGUAAUUGUUGCAAAGGCAUGCUUGUAAAACUUAAGCCAUGUUCAGACUGAUUUUUGUAUACAAGUAACAUGUUAUGAUUGUGCCCCUCCCCUCUGCAACCAGGACCAGUAUCAAUUGAAUGUUUGAUGUGUCAUAAACAUUCUUCUUGUGAUGUCAACAUUUACAGGUUUAUUUGGUGUUGUGUUUACACUACAAGGUAUAUAUGGUGUGGUCUUAUCUGCCAGAGCACUGCCUGGGGAGCAUUUCAUCAACAUUAUUGUCGGACAAGUUGUUAGAUUUGACAUCUUUCUUUGAUUUUGAUUGGCUGAGAAGCACUGUUACUAUGGUAUCUGUAGGAUAAAACAGGACUUGUCGGAUAAAACGUCUGACAUGUCCUUUCAUGAAACGCUCCCCUGGUGUUGCGUUUAACACCUAAGGUUUUACAGUGUAUCAGUCAUUUUGAUCAGAAGCAUAAUUUUCUACUUCUGACAAAGUAAAUUAAUUUUUCACUGGAAAUGUCAGUUACCACAGACGCCUCAAAUGCAAACUAUUUAUUAAAAGUCAUUUGUUGUGUCAACACCCAAGAGCAUCAAAAUUUGAUUACUUGAAGGGGAAGAACAUUUCUAUGGACAUCUUUGAUCUUUCAGGCUUGUUGUUGUGAAUGAUCAUAAAAGCGUACAAAUUUGAUCGGUGUACUAUAUAAUAAACCAAUACAAACAGGA